GAUGGCGGCCGCCAGUCAGAUGUUCUUGCUCUCUUUGUUUAUGUUACUCACGUUCCGUUAUGGGGACACAAAGACACCUUUAAUAAGCGUAAUCGAGGCAUUAGAAAAGUUAGUGUUGUUUUAUAAAAAUAGUUAUCAAGACUUUAACGUGGAUGGACUGUUUGGAUUGCGUGUUGUGGAAGGUCAGGUACAGCUCCUCCUGAAUGAAUACAACCAGGGUCAACACCAGCAUAUCAGCCCUGAUGUCCUGGAGCGACUCCGCCACCUAGUAAGGGAGGCAACUCAGGUCAGCAACCAGGCCUUGGAGUAUGUGAGGAAAGAUGACGAGACUUACUACAAUAAUUUCAAGUUUAUUGUGGGUACACCAUGGUCGAUAUAUCGGAAACAUCGCGGCAUUGAUCCCAAACUCAAGUGGUUACCAGAAGUCUACAAGGCACAGAAAAAUGCCAACCUGGACGAGGAGGUGAGUGACCAGUGUAUGGGUGAGCUCACAGGGGCCAGUCACAAGUAUGGUCGGUCUUGCGUCAUCAGCGACCAGUGUGUUAAGACCAUGACGCUGCGUGGACUGACGGAGUACGGCCUCACUCACCAGAUCCUCUGGACGAUGGUAGCAGAGAAGGCUGGGUGUCUCCAGGAGAUGAAGAAGGUCAUCCAGGAUCAGGGUUUCCCCGAUGUGGAGACCCUGCAGCUGGAGUUCUGCACCAACAACUACUACGAGAUGCUGGCUGUUGUCCACAUCUACAUGAAGGGGGUCAUCAGGAAUGAGUACCAGGACCUCUUUCUGGAGCAGCAGUUUGUGUGCCCCAACAUUGGCUUCUACGAGCACCUGACACACGACUACCUCCAGCAGGUGCUCUCAUGGCAGAUGGAGUCUGGUUGCUAUGGUGACUCGGCCCGUGGCAAAAAGAAGAAGAAGAAAUAUAAACAUGCUGAGGACCAGUUCAACCGCACAGAGUACCAGCUCAUUAAUGCAAACAUGGCCGAUAAGUCGCACAAGUUGCUAUACAAUAAUCAAAAAAAUGUGGUCAAAAUGAAUGCUGCUUUACCUAAUGGCAUGAGGGCCAAAAAGUUAAAUGGGAACCAAUCAAAUUACCAGUCAAAGAAGAGCAGGUUGAAUAAUGCACAGAAAGUGAAUCCACUUAUAUUUCAUCAGAAGGCACAGGCAGCCAGGGUAAAGCCUUUGCCAGGCAAUACAGGAAAUAUUUCAAAACAACACCCUCUGAAACAAAGUGAUAUGGAGAAUACCGUGAGCAAAGUUCAACGUAGCAUGGCUGUUGGCAAUGGCUUUAAUCAACCAAAUCAAGAUCAGCCACUAAAGGUAGCAAAUAACUUGAACUUUAAACUAAACCAGCUCCAAGUGAACAUUCCCAAAGCUUUGAUUGGUCGGACUGCAGGGAGACAACUCUCAUAUGUACAAUCUCGGGGACCACAAAGAAAACUUUUGGUGGAGAAAUCUAUGGAAGGGGGCUGUUUUGCCCACAAGACAGCCGUAGGAGCAGGAGCUCUUGUCAUGUACCUCCGUUACCUCAUCGACCCCGGACCUCUGGACCUCAACUCCUCACACCGGGUGCUGCCCGAGAGCUCUCGGUCCCUGCUGGAGAAGGCAGAAGCAAGUCUGGGAGACUCCCAGAAGGUGAAGAAGGAGGGCUUGAUCCCUGUGAAGCAGAAGCUAAAUGCAGAGGACCUGGCCCUGAAUCAGAUGGCUCCAGCCCUGGAAGACAGGGAGGGGGAUGAUGGGUUCGGAGAUGGGGGGGAUGCAGGGGAACAGUCGGAGGAGUAUGAGGGGGACGAGGACGAGGAUGAAGAAGAAGAUGGGGACGAGGGUGUGGAUGAUGAAGCAUAUGAGGAUAAAGACAUGUAUCCCGAUAAAGAGGAGAACAUUCGUGAUAGGAAGAUUGUUCAUUUUGGUGCUGAAAGGAAGGAUGAGUUGAAUGAUGUGGAAAGAUUCGGGAAAGAUGAUGCUGGUGGGUUGGUUGAUAACCUGGAUAUGGACCAGCCAUUAAAGGGGGAUAACCCUCAGGGAAAUGCUGAUGAUGCGGAAUAUACCUAUUACGAUGAACCAGAAAAAGAAGAGAAAAGUGUUCAACAGUCAAAUUUUAAGAAAGACACACAUGUUGUGAAAAGUCACCAUAGGAAUAAAAGUCAUAAUCCACAUGAAAGCAGACGUUUGGUCCGUGAUCCGAAGGGCCAGGACCCAGUAGGAAAGACAAUGUUCAUAGUAUUUUCUGUUUGCUUUCUGUUUUUGUUUUUCUUAAUGUACAGAUUUAUAAAGAAACGCAGGAUACAUAUUCGCUACCAUCCAAGGACAAUCUUCAGCUUGUGAGUUGUGUGUGAUGUUGCUUCAUGAUGCUGUUUUUUCUGUUGCUGCUAUCAACCCUAUACUGCUGUUGGCCUAUCAUCAACGGCCUCACCUAUAUUGUAGAUGACUUUGCCCGAAGUAAGUGUAUGAAAUAAGCCAAAAAUCCAGCCAGACAUCAGGGCUGGUAACUUCAAAAUGUCACCAGCCCAAAAUGGAUUUAACCAGACCAAAU